ACCCACACCAGCACCAGCAUGGCUUGCAAGUUGAUCGUCUUGGCCGCAGUGGUAGCAGUGGCGCGGGCAGGCUACCUGCGAGCCGCCCCCGCCAUCGCCGCCCCCGCCGCCGUGGCCGCUGAGUACGACCCCAACCCCCAGUACAGCUACGGGUACAAUGUGCAGGACGCCCUCACCGGCGACUCGAAGGCGCAGCAGGAAACCCGCAGCGGAGACGUCGUCCAGGGCAGCUACAGCGUCGCCGAACCCGACGGCUCCAUCCGCACCGUCGACUACACGGCCGACCCCGUCAACGGCUUCAACGCCGUCGUGCACAGGGAGGGCGGCGCGCACCCCGCCCCCGUCGUGGCCGCCGCCCCCGCCUACGCCGCCGCCCCCGCGCUGGCCUACGGCAAGGCCUACCACGGCUAGUCUCGUCUUUUAACAAUCCUGUUUUCUUUGUUUGUAUUUAUAGUUACUCUUUGAUAUAUUUCUAAAAUAUAUCUAUACCCACCUUAA